AUGAGGAGAGCACAGUCAAGAGCUCGUGUGUACGCCGAUGUCAAUGUAACUAGGCCGAAGGAGUAUUGGGACUACGAAUCGAUAGCUGUGCAAUGGGGUGAUCAGGAGGAUUAUGAAGUGAUUAAAAAAGUUGGGCGGGGCAAGUACAGCGAAGUGUUUGAAGGAAUCAAUGUUGUGAAUGAACAGAAAUGCGUCAUCAAGAUAUUGAAACCUGUGAAGAAAAAGAAAAUAAGGAGGGAAAUUAAAAUUCUUCAGAAUCUUUGCGGGGGGCCAAACAUCAUAAAGCUGCUAGACAUCGUAAGGGAUCCUCAAUCUAAAACUCCGAGUCUUAUCUUUGAACAUGUCAAUAACGUGGACUUCAAGAUCCUCUAUCCUAUGCUUUCAGACAUGGAUAUCCGCUUUUACAUCUACGAGUUGUUGGUUGCCUUGGAGUUCUCGCAUUCAAAUGGGAUUAUGCACCGUGAUGUGAAGCCGCAUAACGUCAUGAUCGAUCAUGAGAAGAGAAAGCUGAGGUUGAUUGAUUGGGGACUGGCGGAGUUCUACCACCCGGGGAGAGAAUACAAUGUCAGGGUAGCCUCAAGGUACUUCAAGGGACCCGAGCUGCUUGUGGAGAUGCAAGAAUAUGACUACUCACUGGACAUGUGGUCACUUGGAUGUAUGUUUGCUGGAAUGAUUUUUCGCAAAGAGCCCUUUUUCCACGGUCAGGACAACUACGAUCAACUUGUCAAGAUCGCGAAAGUUCUGGGCACAGAUGAUUUGUUUGCGUACAUCGAUAAGUAUGGAAUAGCUCUGGAUCAUCGGUACGAUAGCAUUUUGGGCAGGCACACGAAGAAACCUUGGUCAUCUUUCAUUAAGCAUGAGAAUCAGCAUUUGGUUUCACAUGAUGCAAUAGAUUUUCUGGAUCACUUGUUGAGAUAUGACCAUCAGGAAAGGCUCACGGCGGAAGAGGCAAUGCAGCAUCCCUACUUCAACCCGAUCCGUGGAAUGGUUCCCAUGAGGGACUCGGUUCAGACCAACAACACUCCAGCAGCUGCUUCCAACAACCCUAACGAGACGUAG